AUGGAUUCUCAGCUUUUCAUGAAGUUUAAUAAUUUUACGAAAGAAGAAAAAAAAGAUGGAAGAAAUAUUAGUCAUUUUGAAAAUUUCACCAUAGAUAUUAAUAAUGAGAGAUUUCAAAAGGAUUAUGAAAAUUAUUUAAAAAACAUGAACAAAAUGUUCAUACAUUCGCGGCAUGAAGUAUUUUCUGCUUGCCACCGAAAUAGAUUGGAAAGAAUUUUGUCUGAUUACGGAUCCAACGAUGUUGUAGGAGCCUUCAAUGAGAAACUAACUCGUGCGUAUAAUUUUAGGUUGGAGUUGAUUGAAAGUUAUAAGAUGCAUAAGGAGGAUAUAUACUUGAAAAGUGCUUUAGAAAGAGAUAAUCAUAUUAGACACCAUAAAUUAAUACAAAGAAACUAUGAAAAGAUGGAGAAGCAGAUGUACACAAUGAAUCAGAGGGAGUAUUGUAUUUUCCAAAGGAAAGAAUUGGAAAAGAAACGUGAACGAAGGAAAAAAAAAAUGGAUGCCAUCAUAAAGAGUUUUAUAAAAUCUGCUUUUGAGGUGGCCAAACUUGGUACCACAUGUGGGGACUCCUAUUUUUAUGAAAAUAUAUUUUUUUUAGAGAAAUUAUUUUUCCUUAAAAAAAUAAAAUAUAUGAAUGAUAUGGUUCAGAACAAUUCGCAUGAGAACGAAGCAAAUAUAUCAACAAUGCCCUUAGGAACAUGUGCAAAAAGAGAAAAAUAUUCUGCAAGUAUAUCUAAGAGAUGCAGUUUUCAGAAUCUUCAUGAAAAUUUGGAUUUUAUGAGGUUUCAAGGAGGAAUAGACAAAUUUUUUCUGUUGAAUAUGAGAAUUGCUCCAGUAGGAAAAAAAAACAGCACAGAGAAAUUUGCCUACAUCCUCUUGUUGGCAUAUUUAAGCGGUCGUAAGGAUUGGCUUGGCAUGAACGGGAAAAAAUUUCAUACUGAAGAUUUGGAUCUGCCCUAUGGGAAAUAUUAUUCUGAUUAUAGGAAGAAAAUAUUGGAAAACGUCGAACAGGUUGAUUUGGAUUCCUUGAGGGAGAGAAUGGGGGACAAAUAUUUCCCUUUUUCACAAAAAGAGGACAUGGAAAAAACUCCUUCUACAUGGUGUCUACUUAACCCGAAAGCAUUCAAAUUAAGGGGAAAGUACAAAUUUCCCCUAAAAAUUGUAAUUACAGGGAAAAUAAAAAAAGAUACUAAACUUUUAGCUGAACAUUUGAAAAAGACGUUUUCCCUGAAGGUGUACGACUUUGAUAAACUAAGAAAGGAAGUUCAAAGUAUAUGCAAAAGAGAAAUUAGUUACACAGACUCGAGGGAUAAGGAUACCCAAAGUUUCAUUAAUAAAAAUGAAAUUCUCAACAAGCUAAAAAAUAUCACUAAAAAAUUAAAAGAAAAAAAUUAUAAAGAAAAACACAGAGACCAUUUAUAUGUAGACUUGUUAUACUAUCGAAUAAAAUAUGAUUAUGAUAUGUUUUAUGACAGUGCAAGGGAGAACAAGUACUUUGCACAGGAUAAAGCCUUUUUCAAAAAAGACGAAGAGAAAUCCGCUAAAUAUAAAAAAGACGAAGAGAAAUCUGCUGAGUGUAAAAAAGACGAAGAGAAACCUGCUGAAUGUAAAAAAGACGAAGAGAAACCUGCUGAAUGUAAAAAAGACGAAGAGAAACCUGCUGAAUGUAAAAAAUACAAAGGAUAUAUUAUUACAAACUUUUUUUAUUCCCUAAAACAGUAUAUUCUGUUUGAACUAAAGUCAAAGAAAUUUUUUCUUUUUAACGAUUUUUUACAUGAACAUGUUCAUAAUUUAAAAAGGGGAGAAACGACAUAUAGAGAAAACGCUCCUUACAAUCGUUACACUCCUAAAAUUCAGAAAAUAAACUUGAAAAAAAACAAAAUGAACGGUGACUAUAAGAAAAGGAAACCACAGGACGAGGAAAAUUUCACUCUAGGGAAUGACAAUACAACAGUGGUUAGAAAUUCUCAAAAAAAGAAUAAUUUUAAGAGGGAAAAGUCAGGUAAUAAAGCGGAAAGUAAACAAGACUCUGAAAAUAACAUAACGAGUAGAAAGAAAAAAAAAAAUGGUAAAUCUGACAAGGAUUCGAAUAUACUUACAAAUAUCAACAAUACAGAAACAGAAAAAGAUGCAUUAAAAAAAUUUGAUAAUAACGAUAUGGAAAAAAAAAAUAUCCUAUUUUUUUCUAAUUUUAUAUGUAACAUUGAUGAUAUUUACAAUCUCAAGGGAAGACACAAGUUCUCUGGUGCAAUUGAUUUGCACUUUCAUAUUGAUAGAAGUAAUAAACAGAUUAACAAAAUCUUAUUUAACACCAUAAGUAGGAGGAGAGAUGACAACUCAUUCUAUACUCCUCGGGAGGGGAAUCGAGGCACAAAGAUAAGUGAUUCAUUUUCACUAAACAAAGGAACGAUAGUAAAAAUGAAAAAUAUAAUAACCACUUCUAAGAUUAGAAGUGAAAGUAGUUCAAAGCGUUUGAACCAAAAAUAUCGCAUAAAAAAGAAACACCUAGUUAGAUGCAAAUUUGUAAAUCUUUCGAAACCUUUAAAAGAUACACAAAGUGAAAAAGACACAAAAUGUAUACCUUUUGCUAACCAACAUUACAAUGAAAAUGAAGAAAAAUUUCGAUCAAAUUUCCAUUUGAUGAAGAAAAUUUUUCAUUUAGACAAAAAUUAUGAAAAAAUAAAAAAAUUUUUAAAAACGUAUAAUAAAGGUACUACAUAUCCAAGAUUUCACCUCCUAGGAAAAUAUAUGUACAAAUCAGCAACUCUUUUGGUUUCAAAAAUUAUCUACUUAGCUGAAAAGAAGAAGCAUAGAUUGAAAAGAGUCUUAGACCUAAUCACUACACAAGGGAAGGAUUCAAUUGAAAAUAAAAUGGAAAAUGCCCAUGAAUGGAGUAAUAAGAUCAAAUAUGAUUACCAACCUAUUGACGAUUUCUUUGGUGUAAAUAAAACAUUUCCCCUUGUAGACAAGUACACAGGUUAUUACUUCCGACAGAGGUAUUUCAAAAUAGUAAGGAAAUAUGUGAUUCAUCUAUUCAAUCUGUUUAUGUGGAAAGUGAAUUUGAAAAAAAGCAUAAAAGAAACUGUGAAGUAUAUACAUAAAAAUGUGCAUAUAUUCAUUGAGGAGAUAGACAUAGAACCGAUAAACGAGAUUAUUCAAUCAUAUAAUGAGUUAAAACAAUGUGGUGGUGAAAAUGAAAAAAUACAACUAUUGCUUUAUGAUAAAAUAAACACAAUUCAAGAAAAAAUAUGGUUACUCAUUUUGAAAGGGAAAAAUUAUUCUAAAAAGAAAGAGAAAGAAAAUGUAUAUAAAUGGAUUCAAAAACAAAUAUUUUUCCUUACAUUUCAUAAUUUGUAUUUAAUCAAUAUAGAACAUGAGCUAUAUAUAAAAAUUCACAAUUUUGUGAACGAAUUCACACAUUGUAUGCAGAAUCAAGAUUAUAGUUUAUCUUUUAAAAAUGAAAAGGAAAAACACAUGCUUAUUUUUAAUUACUUUCCAAAAAAUAAAAAAGAAUUUUAUAUAUUUGAAAAGGAUAAUUAUUAUUUUCCUUUCAUAAAUCAUAUAAAAGAAGAUGUUAACAAAUUUUUAAUUGAAAAUUAUGAUAAUAAAAAUGUGAACAAGACAAAAAACGAGGAAUCCAAUUCUUAUGAUAAUUUAUUCCAUUCAGAAAAAGAAAAAGACAUUUUUUUUUUAACAAAAGAAUUCCAUUUUUUAAAUAAUUGUAGAUUUAUUUACAAAUUUUAUGAUCUUAUUAACAAUACUGUAUCUAGUUUGAGGAAAUAUUUUUUUAUCUUUCACGAUCUUAACAAUUACAUUAACGAUUUUGUCAACUUGCAUUAUUUUUCCAUCUACAAACAGGUAAAUCUCGCCCUUUCACAAGUAAAAGUGUAUAUUCAGAAUAACAGACGCAUUCCUUUUUACUAUUCAAGGACUCUUGGGAAAAAAAAAAAAAAAAAAAAAUUGUUAAAAAAAAGAAUUAUCAAAAAUAGUCAAAAGAAAUACACACAAUCUAAUUGUGUCCAAUCAUGGAAGAUGCCCUUUCCGAAUGAUGAUCAUCACCACCAAAAUAACGAAGAGCAGAAGAACUUGAGUUUAGAUAAUACCAAAGGAAAACUCAUAUUGAAGGGAAAAAAAAAAAAAAAAAAAAUUACAAAAGGGAAAAAAAACUGCAUUUCAAGUGGCAUAAACGAGUCUCAUCACUUUUUUAACAUUACGGAGAUGAAACAAUUUUUACGAAAAAAUUCCAUGUUUACAUUUUUGAAAAAUAUCUUAAGUUAUACAUUUGUUGAGAACCAUUCUUUUAUCAUAUCAAAACGUGAUUUACAAAAUGUUAUCAUAAGCAGUUUAUAUUUUAUAAAAGACAAAUCGGAAAAAAUUAAUGCCUAUGCAUUAAUAGGUACUAAUCUUCUAGACACAUAUUUUAAAACACACAGUGUUACAAUUGACUCGUUUCUACUUGAAGAACGUUGGAAAGAUUAUGUCAAUAUGAAUUUGUCACAUAUGCAUUAUGAGAAGGAGAAAAGGCAGCAGAGAUAUAUAUAUUUUUUGGAUUUUUUCUUUUUUCUCCUUUUUUUUUUCUUUCAAAGGGGGGAGAAAUCUAACUGCUCCCAGCAGAUUCUCCCAAAUUAUCUGAACAUUAUGGAAGAAAAAAUGAACGCCGAGGGAAUGCUAGAUAAAAGUGAAAAACUAGAGGUGCUGAAAAGUUGUCUUUCUUUUUACAACAGAAUAGCGAAUGGGAUAGAUACACGCGAAGGCAAUGAUUCAAUCGAAGAGACGGUAAUAGAGACAGCAGAUCGUGCCUCAGAUCAUGCUACAAAUCCCCACGCGAGCACGGGAAAUUGGGAAAAUGGCAGAACUAGCCAAAUAUGUACUGAAAAAAAUGAGCUACUAAACAGUUCAGAAAAAGAAAAAAAACAAUUAGAAAAGAAUAUGGAAUAUUUUACAUUUGAAGAAUUUGCAUCCUUGGGAUUAUUCCAUUUUAUGAAAAAUGAACAAAAACUUACAAGGGAAGAAACGAAAAUGAAGAAUUAUGAAAUUCAUCUGCUGAAUAAACUUCUUUUUAAUUCUUUGUUUUCAUUCAGCUUAUUACCUAAAUUUUAUGAAAAUUUACAAAUUUAUGUAAAACAAUAUUUAUUAAAAAAAAAUGAAGAAUUUGUUUUCUCAUCAUUUCAAAAAUGUAUCAAAGAGAAAAUAAAAAAUGUGGAAUCGAAGAAAUUUUCCUCGUACGCCAUCGCCCCCCUCACCUCUGUGUCGGAAAAAGGGGAUGAACCUACAUAUAAGGAUGGAAAAAUAAACAAUUUAAAAAAAGAACAAGAAAAUUCUGAGACAUUAAAUUCGAUAAUGCUCCAGUAA